AUGUGUGAAAGGUUUAACUACUUUGGACUUAGAACUAUUCUAGUGUUAUAUCUGUCAACGAUAUUAAAUUAUACAGACGAUGCGGCCACCAUGAUCUAUCAUGGCUUUAUAUUUUUAUCUUAUCUCAUGCCAUUGUUCGGUGCCAUAUUGGCCGACUCUUAUUGGGGAAAAUUUAAAACUAUAAUACGACUGUCAAUAGUUUAUGUCCUGGGAAACAUCAUCCUCACUGGAUCUUCGAUAGCCAACAGUUUCACUCUCGUUAAUCAAAGAUUCAUGGCCAUCGCUGGUCUAAUAUGUAUUGCGAUAGGAACAGGUGGCACAAAACCGUGCAUUUGUACAUUUGGUGGCGAUCAAUUCCAAUUGCCGGAGCAACAAGAUCAACUUUCCCGAUUUUUCAGCAGAUUCAUAAUAGCCAUUUUCACUGGAUCGUUGAUAUCUACGUUUUUAACACCCGAGCUACGGAAAAGCGUACAGUGCUUUGGCAGGGACACGUGUUUUCCGCUGGCGUUCGCCUUACUAUCACUGCUAAUGAUAACUGCCAUAGUUGUUUUUAUUGUCGGAAGAAAUCUGUACGUGAAAAGGAAACCGGAGAAUCAUGUGAUCUUCAAAACUUUUGGUUGCAUAUUUUACGGUGUUCGUAAAAAUAUCUUUUCGUCAACUUCCAACGAGGCUCAUUGGCUGGAUAUCGCCGGCAACAAAUACUCGAAAACAGAGGUGUCCGACACGAAGGCGGCGAUGGAAGUGCUAUACACGUACAUUGCUUAUCCUGUGUUUUGGGCUCUCUAUGACCAACAAGGCUCGCGGUGGACGUUGCAAGCUACGUUGAUGGACGGAAAGUUGGACGGCAUCAGUUGGGAGAUCAAACCCGACCAGAUGCAAACCAUUCACCCACUUCUCGCGCUCUUGUUGGUCCUUUCGUUCGACCGCGUCCUCUACCCCUUUCUGGCAAAGUUCGGCAUACGGCAACCUCUGCAAAAGCUCAUUUUCAGCACUUCAAUGGCGGUGCUAGCCUUUCUACUAACUGCCCUUCUCCAGUAUAAAAUAUUCGGCGACAGCACUGUGAUACCGACUGCCGAAGGACAGUUUGUUGUAUAUAACGGCUUCGAUUGUAACGCUCGUGUGUUAAGUUCGUCACUGCAGUUGACGGGCAACAACGAUAUCGAUCCGCUGGGCUCGGCCAAAUUCAAGUACACUCCGAAUUCCGACGAAGGCGUAGUGAACAUAAAGCUGAAAUUGAACCAAUCAUGCGAUGCGUACGUUAACUACGACAAUGUGGACACAAACGUGACCAUAUCCAGAGGAGAGUCAAUCUCAUAUUUUCUAACGUCCAGUAGUGCAAAUAAAGAAGUAAAAUUAAGACAUAUCGGUCAUUACGACGAUUUCAUGAAGCCUAAAAAUGGUCAUCCGAGUUUAAGAAUCAUAAUUGGCGAUGAUAUCGAAAAGGACGGAUCUCUUGCUCUCGUGAACGCCGAGAAAAAUCACUUGUCGUACAAUAUAUCUUCGUUUGCAAACGAAAAAUUCAUACAGGUGGCUUUUGGAAACUAUAACUUAGUAAACGGUGAAGGACGGAUAUCCUCGAAUAUAAAUCUCAUGCCAGCGACGAUAUAUACACUCGUCAUACGACGCAACGACGGCGACAGCCACGGCCUGGAAUCGAAAUUGUACGCUACGGACGAAGGCAACUACUUGCACAUUUUAUGGCAGACACCACAGUACGUGUGUAUGAUUAUCGCGGACGUAAUUUUUCUCGCCUCGUCAAUUGAAUUUGGGUUUACCGAAGCGCCGCCCAGAUUAAAAUCGUUCAUAUCGGCCUGUCACUUGAUGUCUCAGUCGGCCGGAAAUCUAUUGGUCAUCAUUGUUUCGGCUUUGUCCUUUCGUAAACAAGUACAUGAAUAUCUAUUUUUCUCCGGACUCAUGCUUGCAGACACGUUGUUAUUGGCUUAUUUGAGUCAUAAUUACAAGUACAAAGCUUUCAGACAAGGGUUAAACGACAAUAACGACGAUAACGUCGUGUCAAAUCAAAGUGAAAUUCAACUCGAUGGGAAGUGUUCAUGA